UCAGACUUACCGCCUUCACGACCACGCAAAGAGAUAUUGACGCCUGUCUCCCCACCGGGCCAAAGGGCACCUCUACGUUACUUCAUAUACACCUUGGUAACAACAGCCCUUCUCUUCACAGUGUGGUAUACGUACAUCACAGCUGUGGGGCUCAAGCACUGGAAAGAGGAUGUUGGAUGGUGGGGAAUGUUUAUUGGGCGAUUUGGGAGGCAACAUGAUAUAUUGUAUCACAACCAGUGGAGAGGUCAGGAAGUGACGGGAGAACUUGAAGGGCAUCUCAGUCAGCUUGCAUCCGCGCUCGGAAUCCCCGCAACAGGACUUAGCUUCGGCUAUCAAACCAUUUGUGCCACCUGCGACACUGUCUAG